CCUUUCACAGCUCCGAAGAGACAGCAAGAAAACAGGGGUAAAAAUCUGUUGGAUAAAUUAUAAAGCUUUAACACGUCCAGACUUGUCGAUACCACCUCCUGGACCGGGAUCGCUAUCAGAACCGGCGGGAUUGAACAGAACCAACACAGAGUAAAGGUGGUCGGAGUGUUUCCCCUAAGAAGCCAGUGUGGAUUCCUGCGGCCGGCCCUGGCGUUCUCUUUGUGAUGAAGUGACAGCAUGCUGCAGUAAAGGGAGGCUGGCGCUGGCCCAUGUGCACACUUGGAGCUGUGCUGCGCAAGUGACCACCUGCUGCUUUUUUAAUUUUUAUUAUUCUAUAUUUUUUUUAAAUACUAUUCUCGAGAGGGGGAGCUCAGGCUCAGACUGCCAUUCUUGGCUGGCUGGCUGGCAGGGACUUGGAGCUGGGAGGGUGAAGGACUUGCCUUGAAUCAUGGAUCACCCGAUCAGAGACAAGGAGACAGAGCGAGGGCAGAGAGCCAGCAAGGCGCUGCAGGGACGCAGCGGGCAUCGGCCAUCCUGCUCCACCACUUCCUCUGGGGUCCUCAUGGUGGGGCCCAACUUUAGAGUGGGCAAGAAGAUCGGCUGCGGCAACUUCGGAGAGCUCAGACUGGGUAAAAAUCUGUACACAAAUGAAUACGUAGCCAUCAAACUGGAACCAAUCAAGUCCCGGGCUCCACAGCUGCAUCUAGAAUACCGCUUCUACAAGCAGCUGGGCAGCACAGCAGAGGGAUUGCCCCAGGUGUUUUACUUUGGCCCCUGUGGGAAGUACAAUGCCAUGGUCCUGGAGCUACUGGGUCCCAGCCUAGAAGACCUGUUUGACCUCUGCGACAGGACUUUCUCACUCAAGACUGUGUUAAUGAUAGCCAUACAGCUGAUCUCCCGGAUGGAGUAUGUGCACUCAAAGAAUUUGAUAUACAGGGACGUGAAGCCCGAGAACUUCCUCAUUGGACGGCAGGGCAACAAGAAGGAACACAUUAUUCACAUAAUAGACUUUGGACUGGCCAAGGAGUACAUAGACCCUGAAACCAAAAAACACAUCCCCUACCGGGAACACAAGAGCUUGACCGGGACUGCCAGAUACAUGUCCAUCAAUACUCAUCUAGGGAAAGAACAAAGUCGGCGGGAUGACCUGGAAGCAUUAGGCCAUAUGUUUAUGUAUUUUCUCCGGGGCAGUCUUCCUUGGCAAGGGCUAAAGGCAGACACCCUGAAGGAACGCUAUCAGAAGAUUGGAGACACAAAACGAAACACUCCCAUAGAGGUUCUCUGUGAGAACUUCCCAGAAGAGAUGUCAACAUACCUGCGCUAUGUGAGACGGUUAGAUUUCUUUGAAAAGCCAGACUAUGAGUAUUUACGGACGUUGUUUACUGAGCUGUUUGAGAGGAAAGGCUACACGUUUGAUUACACUUACGACUGGGUCGGGCGGCAGAUUCCCACGCCGAUGGGGUCGGUUCACGUGGAUUCGGGAACAUCAGCAAUCACACGCGAGAGUCACACCCACAGAGACCGGCCUUCCCAGCAACAGCCGCUCCGCAACCAGACGGCUUCUUCAGAACGCAGAGGAGCCUGGGAAGUGCAGCCCAAUCGGCAGACAAAUACCUCUUACCUAACGUCCCACCUGGCCGCGGACAGGCACGGGGGAUCAGUACAGGUUGUCAGUUCGACCAAUGGAGAGCUGAAUGCAGACGACCCCUUGGCUGCCCACUCCAGCGCACCAAUCACAGCCCAAGCGGAGGUGGAGGUGGUGGACGAGGCAAAGUGCUGCUGUUUCUUCAAGCGGAAAAGGAAGAAGAACACGCCGAGACACAAAUGACGCAGUUUUUAAUUUUUUUUUUAUUUAUUUAUUUCUUUUUUUAAAUCGAAAGGAAGAAAAUCCAGCAUCCUUCUCCAGGGACCUGUGUGUGCGAGCGGUGUGUACAUUCCAAUCUGCUCGUCUCCAAAGGAAAUGAAAUUGUCUUUUUGGUUUAAUUUUUUUUUUUUUUUUUUUAAAUGGAUGUCUUGUUGCUUCAAGCCUGAGCCUUGUGCUGGGAUAGAGGAUCUACAAACCGCUCAGGCAGGAUUGCACUUCUUAACUUACUGUAUCUAUUAUUAUUGAUUUAUUAUUAUUUUAAUGGGGUUUUUUCCAGCAGUUUGAGCUAAAAGGGGACUCUAAGGACUUGUUCCGGCUUUCCUGGCUGGUAUUCCUGCUGUGUCACUGAAAGAAACUGGGGGAUAUAGAGACAAGGAUUUACCUUAAAGUGGAGACGUGCCCUCCUACAUCCCUCCCCCUGUUCUCCUUGGUCUCCCCAGGACCUCACUGUAAACGAGACUUUGUGUCUCAGGGGGAGGGGCAUGUCCUGGCUUCAAUUAAAGAGAGUAAACUAAAACUGACAGUCAAGAAACACGUUUUGUUUUGUUUUUUCAUACAUUUUAUGUAGCAUAUAUACUGUGAGAACAUUUGUGAUCUACUGUUUCAUUUUUCACCCCAAAGGAUUGCUGUUUAUUUCAGAACGCCUAUCGUUUAGGUGGAGGCUUUAAUGCAAAUAGAAAGCUGACCCUCUGCACUGCAUGAGGAGUAAAGUCAUGCUUUUUAUCAGGACCUGUUCGCACUGAGUUGAGGGGGGUGACCUGGAUUGUGUGCGAAUAGAGAACAUGCAAGCUGACGUAUCAGACGGACAGACAGGCUGGGGAGAUGGUAUAGUAGCUCAAAUCCCACCUUCCCUACAAUACAGAAGUUGUGAUGAUGGGUUUUUUAUUUUUAAGGUUGUAGUGGCUUUGCAAGAAAACUGCAUCACCUGUGUCAUUUUCUAGCCGUUCACGUAUUACGAAUGUGAAAGCCUUGGUGUGGAUCUUGCAUUCGGGUUGCUGAGGGGAUGAAGGCACAUACACAGACAAACCCUUCCCUGGCAGCAGUUUGCAUUUCUAUCUAAAGUCUUUUAGCAUUAUUCUCUUUCAAAAAUAAAAAAAGAUCACCUGACAGGGUUUAAAACGAAACAAAAUCUUCUUCCCCCAGUUGAAACUUGCCUGAAUUACCCAGUAACUGAACAAGAACAAAAAAUGUAGGAAAUAAUUGCUGUGGAGUUGAACAUCCCUGACCCCAGGUGGCGCUGUUUCCUUCACCAAGAAAGAACAGGGGUUGUGGGUAAUCAGUGGUGCUUUUGACAACUGAACCCUCCAAGAAACUUGACAACUAUUUAUUAAAACAAUAUCAUUUUGGCUUAAUAGCAGUAACACUGAUAUGGUCCCUGGUUAGAGUGGCCUGUUCCAUUGCUUAUUUAAUAGAUGUCUCGUUCACUGUUAACCACAGUUUGAUCCUAAUUCUCAGCAUGUAGCAAUAUGUAUUUAGAAUUAAGUACAUAACACGUCCUGGUUGUUGUAUUCGGAAUGGGAAUAGUGCUAAAUGAGAUUAUUUGUGUGAUAAGAAAGAAAGGAGAUACAUAGUUUAUUGAUUAGUCAGCUGUUCAUAUGAUGCCCACUCUCAAAAUAAAAAAAAAAAAAGUAAAAUAAGUCCGGCACAGUGAAGUCAGUUUGGACAGCAAUCCUAUUGCAGCAGGAAUGGUAAAAGGUCAUGGACACUUAUGCUAAAUCUGCACUGUUUUCCUUUGCAUAGAAGACAGCAUCUAAUACUUAAUAGUGAUUCUGUAUAUACAUGCAAAUAAAAUGUGGGUCUGGCUAGUAGUACACAAGGCGUGAUGUUGAGUGGGUUUAGAAGGAAAGUAAAAAAUGCAGGGCAGUUUAAGGUGUAUGCAUUUUAUUUUUAAGCUAAUUGAUUAAUGUUGCCAGUACCAUACAAAUUGAUAAGCUUUUCAUGCAUGCAGCCAGGUUUCUACAAACACAUCUGUAAAGGCAGAUUCUGGCUGCUCUUGAUUGGUCUGAGUAAGUGGUGCUCGGAUGCAGCGCUGCCUGUUGUUGCGUUUUGUUUUUAUUUGUGAAGAGGUGCUGGGCUUCAGUUUCACGCACAGACGUGGUUUAAUUGAGCCCCAGUCCAUAGCGAGUGGAAACCAAAAGCCAUGCAGAACACCUUGAGUUCCUCACUUUAUAAAACUUUUUUCCAGGGAGGAUGGGAUGCCAUGUUUUUAAAACCUGUUCCGUAGAAAAAAUCCCACACAAAUAAAGAAAUAAAAGCCAUCUCACCUUGUUUUAAUAAGUUAAACUAGAUUCCGUCUCAACCAGCUGCCGAGAAAUCGAUAUUUCAAGAUAGCGAAUCAGAAAUGAAUAAUGUUUAAGAGAAACCUGUAUGAUAAUGAAAAUACUUAUUUUAUAACCCUUAUAAAAAACCCUGUAUGUGAUUUUUGACCACAGUAAUUACUUUGUCUGUUGGAUAUUUGAGCUUGGAUGGUAACCAUGGCACCUAGCACUGGGUUCAAACCAGUGCUGUUUUCUGUGCCAUAGAUGCUCAGGGCAAUGUCCUGUCUGACAGAGAGAAAUCAUUAGUGUGAAAGCCUGAGGAGUUUUCUGGCAUGUGUUAGUGUGCCCCCUUUUCCUCUGUAUGCGCUUCAUUGUGUCAGUUAAACCUACUUUAAAAAACAGUCUAUUGUCAGCUAAUCUGGGCCUGUGCCCCUCCUGAGACCAGCAAUGUUGCCCUGAUUUGUGCUUUUACCGUUAAGAUAAUGCGACAUUUAAUUCCCCACCACGAUUCCCCAACGUGAGCACCACCUAGUGUCACUAAAUUGUAUUGAUAUACAGCCAAAUCCUUUAUCUGAUUGAGAGACUCAAGUAACUAUGUUGGGUAUAGGUGAUUCGUAGCCUAGUUAUUGUCUAAAAAUAUAUCUGUACAUUUUUCACUAAAUAAGUAAAUCUGUGGCUUAAAACAAUACAUAGGACUUAUUGGGUGGUUCUUACUUUUUUAUAAGUUUGACUCAAUCCCUCAUCUUCAUACUGCCAAAAGUUUCGAGGACAGCUCUUGCAAACUUUGAAUAUAGUUUUGAUGUGCUUUCCUGGAACAUGUCUGUGUGUGUAUAAGUGUAUGUACAAGUGUUUGACUAAUUGAUGGAAUGUUAAAACACCAAUGUUGCAGAGGGAAUUGCAUUGGAGAAUUCUAUUCUGUAAAUAUUGUCCAUAAUACAUUUUAAAACGAUUGUGAUCGGGGAUGAUAAACUCUUCUUUUAUUUAUUUUUUUAACCUUAUAAAUUAAAGUGAAACAUUUUUACUUUUUUUUUUUUUGUAUCAAACUUACGAGCCAGCUGGUAGUGUUUUUAGACUUUAACUACCGGUUAAACAGAGUGCAGUACUAGAUUGGGUUACCCUCGGUGCACUCUGAUGCCCCACACUGUUCAGUAUUAAGAGGGUAUCGGGAACUUGGUUGCACAGGCUUGCCUAGGAAUAACUAGGGGGAGAAGAUCUUGUAAUUUAGUACAGGUUAAUGAACGCUGGCCACUUAGAAAUGCCUCACAGAAUCUUCAUUGCAGAGGAAUUGAGUGCUUAUUGAAAGAGGAUAAAAAUAGCUAAUACCAAAUUCAUAAAUGUACCAACAUGCUUUCAGAAGUGGUACAGAAGCAUGCUGAAAUGAAUUUAAGGGAGAAUCUGCUUCCUGGGGGGCUGAUCUGAUUAUGUUACUGGAGCUCAGUUGUGUCGGUUCCCAGUUCAGGCAGUCGACAAAAUGUCUCUCAAAAGAAAUUAAAAUCAUUGGGAAUUGUUUUAUAAAGAUGAAAAAAUCAGAUAUUUGGGAAAAUGGAAUGAAAGGGGGAACCAUGGUUGUUAACGUACAUUUCUUAUUUUUCUCAAACAAGAAUGAAUGUGUUUUGGAGGAUUACCUUUUUGUGAACGCAGUUCUAAAAGUAGCGAUUGCUCUCAUGUCUGUAAUGGCCACACCUCGCGAGUUUGCAACAUGAACUUAUAUAUAUAAUUUUUGUUUUAAAUGUGAAUUGAAAAUGUUUUUUUUUUAUUAUUAUUAUUAUUGUAAACUUCUAUUUUUUGCUUACCCAAAUGGCCAUGCUGUAUAAAGCAGCUGGUGAAUUUGACUGCACUACAUUGCUUGCUUAAUGUUUACCUUGAAAGGAACACCAAUCCUGUACUGUACUGUAAUCGUGCGAGGCCUGGUACAGAUGGCCUUUUUAGUCUUAUAUGGCAGCAAGACGGCUAAUGGACAAUACCUACGAAAUCAUUACCAACAUGCUUCCUUUUUAUUUCUUCCUUUUGUUCUCUUUUUUUAAAAAUGUGUUAUUUAUAAUUCCUACUAAAAUAGAAGUGUGGAGAGUGUUGUGCUUUAUCGACAAGCUGGCCAUGUUUCUUAAGCUACAAACACUCCUAUAGCUGAUUUUCAUGCAAAGGUAGUCUUUUUGGCAAGUUGGUCUGUAUAUGUGCACAGCUGCAAGUAAAGUUUUAAGUUUUACUCUCUUGCUCCCAAGUCGAAAUUAUAUGUGAGACUUACUUGAAAAAAAUGGGGGGUAGUUUCGGGUUGUAUAGUUAAGCUUAUGAAUUCUGAGACGCUUGUAAACAAACUUUGCAUUAAUUAAAAAAAUAAAAUAAGAGUGAAUGGUAUUACACUGCUGCAAUACGUAAUGUGCCUCUGAUUCAUUUUAAGGUUAAUAUGUAGAA